GCUUUACAUGGAUCGAUCUGCACACGAACCAGGCUCGGGCCAUGCAUGAUCUGCCAAAGAUCUUUCUUGGCGGUCAGACAUGUACGGGGAGUGGUGCUUCCCGAACCGUGUUAACGGUCGGGGCCAGUGCUUGGUCUUCGCCUGGCUCGCAAUAGAGUCGACAACCUCAUGUCGUGCGCCCAAACACUGCCACGGAAUGCGCGGAUGGGCGAGGCAGACCAUCCUGGCAUAAGCUUCUCAAUAAGCGCUUCUUUCAACUGAAAGAGCUCGAGUACCGUCACAGUUCAGUCAUGAAAUCAAGUAAACCUUCAAUGUUGGACAUACCACUCAUCACCCCAACAUCGCUUUUCUCUUCUCCCCCGUUACAUGCCAGGCCACGAGAUCGUACGUGCGAAGAGCUGAGCUGUCAACUCUGCCUGCCUGAACCUUGGAACCUUGGAACCUUGGAAGUCUGCUCGUCGAGCCCCUUUUCCCAUCUCACCUGCCUGCCCAUUCAGGCAUUCCAUGGCCGUCAUCUGGCUACUUCACACAGCCACUGUGUUUUAUCGGCCCUGUCUGUAGAACAUCAGUCGAAUCCGCCAGCGGCUGUGGCGACGGCUGUGCCGGCCAAUUCUGGUGGUGGAGUGGCAGUCGUCCGAAGUCUGGUCAUGUUGAAACACCUAGCGAAUUAAGCGCCUGCGAGAGCUUGAUCAGACGGGGUUUGGGGAUCUUGAGGCCAUACCAGGGAGCACGGAAACAUUGCACCCUUUUGCUCCUCGCCAAGACCACGGCCCCCCGAAACUUGUGUCAGAUCCAAACCGUAGCAGCGAUUUCUCCUCUGAUUUCCUGUUUGGGCAAAUCCCAGCAGACGUCCCGCGCCCUGCAUGCAUGCCGGUUUGUCUGGAUGUUUGGCCAUAGCACUUAUAUGCCUCGACGCCCAACCUUCUUCCACGGGUAUAAUCUUUUCUUGUUUCCCAUGUUGAUCAUCAUCACAAGUAUACGCACCCACUUGCAUUCCUUCAAUCCGUCGAGCUGCGCUCACGUUUCCGGUAUAUUCUACAACUUCGACCCCUUGAUUCCUCACGACAACCUGCAACAAUGAAGGCUACCGGAACAUUCACCACCCUCGCCCUCGCGGCAUCAGUUCUCGCAGACGACUGGACGCUGCCAAAGCGAGACGUCGCAACCAUCCAGACCGUCAUCACAAACGCCCAAACUGCCCUGACACAACUCGACGACACCGUCAAGGCCUUCAACGGACAAGACUUCCAGAAGCUUGCCACAGACGCCGCGAACCUCAAGAACGUCCUGACGCAAGGCUCACAACAAAUCUCAGCGACGACGCCAAUCUCGGCCAACGAUGCCGUCAGCCUGCAGAGCUCGCUGGGCCCCGUGCAGACCGCCGCCCAGACCCUGAGCACCGACCUUGCGGCCAAGAAGACCCAGGUCGAGCAGGCCAGCCUGUGUGACGUUGUCUUCUCGCAGACAAAGGACAUUGGCACGGCGGCGAAGAGCCUCAUCGACGCCACCGUCCAGAAGACCCCGCCAGAGAUCCAGCAGAUCGCCGGCCAGCUCACCGCCCAGUUUACCCAGCAGCUGGACGACGUCUCCAACAACUUCGCCACGGGCAACUGCACAAACGCCUCCGGCGGCUCGGCCGCCAACGCUGGCAUCACCAUGGGCAACGGCACGUCGACGACCAACUCGGGCUCCUCCAGCGGCAGCACCAUCGGCAAGUCGGCCGCCUCCGUCAAUACUGCUGGUGCUUUCGGCUUUGGAGUAGUCGCGGCUGUGGCCGGGCUCUUGAUGCUGUAAGAAGGAUCAGCUAUAGAAUGAUGGAAGGCAUGUGGUGAAUGAAGUAUGAUAAUGAGUGUGGGAACCAAUGCGUCUAGCACGCUCACCGGUGUGAGUGUUCAGGUUAUUUCAGAGUGGGUUUCAGGUUUGCCACUUCAGAUUAGAUAUAUCAGCAUGAGGCUUCGUUCGCAGCCCGGAACAAAUACAGCGAUUUGGUCACA